UACUUCGCAGUGUUCAGGUCAGUUCCACUGCCUCCUUUGUGUGCGUGGUUGGUGUUUUCUAAGCACGCACGCAAGCUUUCUCACCGGUGGGCUAGCAUAAGCCUAAUAUAUUGGGGUUUCCAAGAUACAGACCAUGUCUGUAGGAGUGGAGUCCGGUUUCUCCUACGACGAAGUGCUCAACAUACGUUACCCGCUUCAUCGCGCAUGCAGGGAUGGAGAUGUCGGCGCACUGUGCUCGCUGCUUCAGCACUCCACCAACCAGGCAGACUUGGUUGCCGAAGACUCUUUUUACGGCUGGACCCCUGUUCAUUGGGCAGCGCACUUCGGGAAGCUGGACUGUGUUAUAAGGCUGGUGCAGGUGGGAUGUGAAGUGAACACACUGACGACUCGAUUUGCCCAGACUCCAGCUCACAUUGCUGCAUUUGGAGGACAUCCAGAAUGCCUUUUGUGGCUUAUACACAGAGGAGCUGAAAUAAACAGACAGACCUACGCCUUCAAGCUAAAGAGAAUUGGGACACCUCUACCCCUUGGUGUGUACGCGCAAAACGAGGGGUAA